AUGGCGCCCAAGAAGAGAAAGACUCAAGAAGCAGACUCUACAGAGGAGGUUACUGGAUCACACCGGAAGUAUGCUGCUGGGAAGCAACCACGUCCGGAAGAAAAGCUACCACUAGUUGAGUAUCAUAUUCCGUUGGAUGCUGGCAGCGAGCUUUUCGCACAGGACGACUGGUUUAUCCCGAAAUUCAACUUAUUCAUUUCCUUCACACUUGACAACCUAGUUGAAAGCUACAAAGACAUGUUUAAAGAUUUUAUUAAACUUCCAAGUAGAAAAUUUCAUCCAGGGUACUUUUAUAGGGUCGAUCAGCCUAUUUCCGUCAAUGAAAUCAAAUCGAGAGAUUAUGAGUAUCUCAAUGGCCAUAGGACAUUCUUAUUAGACGUCGAAUUGAUUCGUAAAAACUGUGUCUCGUACAAUGAGCCAGACAGUCUAAUUGCCAAAAACUCCAUGCAAGUUGUCAAUUAUGUCAAAUAUGAGGUUCUGAAGGCCAAAAAUGUAACUCGAAACUAUUUGAUCAAUGCAGAAGUUAAGAAAUUUCUCACUGACUCGAUGAAUCAACUUCUCAACGCUACCGAUAGAUCUAUUGCUGAAUUGAUGGAGAGUUCGACCGAGGGCUUAGAUGACUCCAUGCACAUCUGUGAACCUUUUAUGGAACUAGUUUUGGAAGAUGAACUUCCAGAAUACUACGAAGUUAUUCACCGACCAAUUGCUCUAAAGCUGGUGAAGAACAAUCUGGAGAUGGAUUACUAUUUGAAAAUUUACGACUUUUAUAUUGACGUGGAACUGGUCUUCGAAAAUGCCCUUGUGUUCAAUGGUCCGGAAACUUUGAUAUACCAAGAUGCAGCAAAGCUAUUGCAGUUCUUCAGAAAGUUAAUGGGAGACAAAUUUUUUGUAGACUUGAAAGAGUAUAGUGAGCGAGGGGAGGUAAGGCUUGAAUACGACAAAAUCGAGUAUGAACAAUAUUUAGCCGAUGGAGGGGAUCAUCAGACCGCAGAAGCAGAAGACUACGUGCCUGAUUUAGAAGACUAUGACUUCAAUCGUUACGAGGGCUUAGGAAACGGUUAUAAUAGAACCCUCUUUUCAGGGGACUAUCUAUUGAGGCCUAACAGAUCGAAGAUAGGGGAAAUUAGCUCGAAGCGCAUUGCGCUCGAACAGGUAGACGAGUUACCCGAAGAGUCAAAAUAUAACUUAUUCAAGUCUCUAGCCCCCGACCCAGACGUGAAGACUGAGGAAAGUUCACCUUACAAAUUAAUUCAAGAACUGAGCGUAUCAUCAUCAAGGUCUUUCUACAGACAAGAAACAAAACCUGCACAAGGAGCUUUACCAUCAUUGAACCAGAAAUGGGUUGAAUUUGUUUUGAAAGGAGAAGACAUGACAGAUAAAAGUAAUAUGUACUCCAUUACUUUGCCGCCUGUGCAAACGGCCGUAACGAUAUCGGCUCGCACCAAUAAUUCACCCAAUAAAAGGACACAAUCAAGCUUAUUUGUAAAUAAAGAACGGGCAAAUCCUUCUCCUAAUAUGCCCACUGAGGAAUUCAUGGAACCACUACUUUUCGAGGUACGUUUAUCUGAAGGUAAUAAUUUCCUGGAGUUUACUUGCGAGGAUCUUAAUAACGGGAAUUUUGAGGUACUGAAGAUAUGGAUCGUGGUAUUGCCGUGA